AUGGACGCCGAAACCAUCUCCCACGUCACCCAGUCCUUCCACCAGAUCUUCUCCCACAUCCCCUACGCAGUCUACGGCCUCUCCGCCCUCGCCCAGCACGGAUACACCCGCCGCCUCCCCCGCACCGUCCACGUCCUCUGUCCCGAGCACACCCGCCAGACCAUCCUCCACUGGGCCGCCAUCAAGCAGCUGACCCGCCUGUCGCCUGUUCAAGACGGCCGCGACCACUGGGGCGAGGACGACAACGGGUACAGCGUCUACUCGACGGAGUUCCACGGCGGGGGCAACAUCGAGGAAGACGACCUCGUCCUCGCCGUGGCCAUACCGGAUGGCAGCCUCCGCCGCGUCAGGAUCGUAUUCGAGGACCAGAACGAGUUCAGCAGGCUGCCCAAGGAGCCAGCGCCAGCGCCAACGCAACCCACCACCGUCCCCUGCCCCCGGACCACCACAUCCCCACAGGUUCUAUCCCUACCGGCGAUUGUGACCAGAAUAGUCCUCGGGUACCACAAGUCCCUCACCGAGGGCGCUUCAAUAAACACACAGAGAGUCAUGGCAGAUGGCUUGGUCUGGGUGUUGUACCAAAUCAUCAACUCCCCACCCAACGACAAAGUCAAGUUCGACGGGACGUGGAAAACCAACCUGUCUAGCGGGUUGUUCCUAGUCCCGUUCACAGAGUCAUUUCCCAGAGCAAAGCCGCUACUCGAACAGGCAGGAAUCGAGGUAAAUGGCUAA